GGCCCCAAUAUGUUGUAGGAUAUAAAGACCAAAGACUCAAGCAUUGGCAUUAACAUUUCUAUGCACUGUAAAUGCUGAGAAUCAAUUAUUGAACAAAACAAAAGAGUAGUUUUGAAUAAAUCAUAGGAAUUAGCACAUUCAAGGCAUCGUUGUGUUGUGGCAUUUGCAAUUGUUGCGACCCGUCUCGACCACCGUAGAAUAAGGCAUUCGGUGCGUACAAACACUUUUCGUUAAUGCUGAGGAUACAGCAGUCACAAACAUAUUCAGGACAUAACAUGCUUGAUUAUCAGCAUUUACUCGUUUGGCAUUGAAUUUUCAUCGAUUGAAAUCUACUGUGAGUGCCAAAAAUUCCCAACACUUAAUGCACCAAGAUGUGCAAAUGCUGAUGAUCAGUCAGUCACUAAUGCUGAUUGCGUUGCUAUGCUAUGAAGGAUUAUUCAUGUUUCAGCAUCUAUUCGUCAAACUGACCGUGCACUGCAUGUUCAUGUGCGUUGGUUUUCUUACAGUAUAUCCGUCUGCCACACUGCAACCUCCACCUCCAUCCUUCCUGGCCCUCCCGGAGCAAAAAAAGCAGCCGAUCGAUGCAGCGCCUCCGUAUACUGAGGUUUCUGUGGGACGACUACACCGUGGAGGUGCGUCUCAACGACUACCUGGACAUCGUGUGCCCGCACUACCCGCAGGGCGAGGUGCCCCUGCUGGACGCCGAGCGCUACGUGCUCUACAUGGUGGAGCGCGAGGACUACGAGUCGUGCAAGCCGCAGUCGUACGACCAGAUGCGCUGGGAGUGCGGCCACCCGUUUGCGCCCCACGGGCCCGAGAAGUUCUCCGAGAAGUUCCAGCGCUUCACGCCGUUCACCCUCGGCAAGGAGUUCCGCCAAGGAGAAAGUUACUAUUAUAUCUCGAAACCUUUACACCACCACGGAGAAGAGUGCCUGCGGCUCAGGGUGAACGUCGUCGCGACCGACGGCUCUCAGGAGGCCAGGGUGGCCAAAGGAGGCACGGGUGGGGACGCCGUUGGAGCUGGGGGUGUGGCUCACAAUCCGUCCAACAGACUGCCUGCAGCAGACGACCCGGUGGUCAACCUCCCCGAGGUGCGGAAGAGCGUGCGGACCAACUCGGCGGCGGCGGCGGCGGCGACGUCGCUCUCCGUCCUGUCGUUGCUAAUCCCGUUCUCGCUACUGCUCUUGCUGCACUGAGAGAGCUCUUUUUUUUUCCCAUUUUUUUUUUUUUCAAUUUUGUUUCUGGGACCACAAUGAAGGGACAGUCUGCGGGGAUGAAACCACUGACCGCUUGAGCUCAGCCCUGUGGCCGGCCACAGGGCGAGACGGGAGGAGAAAGAAUAGACGUUGCAGCGAUAUAAUGCACAGCGAGCCUGGAAAACAAUCAAGACGAAUGCUAUGAAAUAUGAAAUUGAAACGACUGCCCCCGAAACCAAAGAUUGGUGGCCUCCUCCGUCAGUAAUCGUCUACUAUUUGUGUGCUGUUGUUGUUAUCGUAACGGUUUCCAGCGGCAUUGAUGUCCUAAGCGAUUCUUUUUGUAUUUUUUUCCCCGAAAUGUAGCAUUGACGGACUGUUGUCGUGGCAACCACACAAUCACACACUACACACGCUGCCAUCGGAAAAACUGUUUGUACAUUCUGUGAAGUUAAUUUAUGACAUCGCAUCGGGAGGUUUCCUGUAUAUACCAUGCGCUAAAUGAGAGGUGCGUGUGUGAAUGAUUGUGUGUGUGUGUGUGUGUGUGUCAGUAAAAAUUGUGCAACAAAAUGGUUUCCUGCCGAAAGCAAACACUGACUUGUUGUGUUUUUGUAUCUCGCAGCGAGGCUGGCCUUCUCUGUUUGCCCCCCCCCCCCCCCCCCCAACCAAAAUGAAAACAACCCCCCCCCGCAAAAAAAAAAAAAAAAAGGCUAAAGUUAAUUCAACCUAUAAGCUAUUAAAAUAUUCAAUUUGGACAAAUUGAAACGACAAAGCACAACAGUGACAACAAUUCAAGUCUUUUUUUUCCUUUUGUUUUUUUUUUAACCGAAACUAUUUUUUUUGUACAUGUGUAAGUAAGACAAGUGUAUUAUAUGUAAAUACAUAGAAGAAUAUAUAAAAAAAGAAACCUGUUUGAUAUGACUAAUGUGAAAUUUUCAUGUGGAAUAAAAAAAAAAAAACAUUUUUGGGAAACCCAAAA